AACCUGCCGGGCAGGUCGGACGUCCUAUAAAAGCGCGAGGGCUCCGCCGCGCCGGGCACACACACCUGGGAUCCCGCCGCUCCGAAGCUCUGUCCUAGUCCUCCGCGCUCUCCUCCUCGGUCCCUCGCUGGGUCUCCCGGCCUCGCAGAGCAUGGCCCGGCCUCGUCCCGCGCUGGCGCUGCUCCUGCUGGCGGCGGCCGGCUGGGCGGCGGCCCAGAACUGCACCUGCCCCACCAACAGGUGGACGCUGUGCAACCCGGCCGGCGCCGGGGGCGGCUGCCAGUGCAAGCUGAUGGGCUCGGGCCGCGUGGUGGACUGCGGCACCCUCACGUCCAAGUGCCUGCUGAUGCAGGCGCGCAUGAGCCCCCACAAGGCCCGCAGGCUCAUCAAGCCCCCGGAGCACGCCGUGCUGGACAACGACGGCCUCUACAACCCGGACUGCGACAGCGCGGGCCGCUUCAAGGCCCGCCAGUGCAACCAGAGCGACGUGUGCUGGUGCGUGAACUCGGUGGGCGUGCGGCGGACCGACAAGGGCGACCAGACGCUCAAGUGCGACGAGCUGGUGCGCACCAGCUACAUCCUCAUCAACCUGCGGCACGGCGAGCGGGCCCGCGCCUUCAACCGCUCGGAGCUCGGCGGGGCCCUGCGGCGCCUCUUCCGCGAGCGCUACCAGCUGAGCCCCCGGUACAUCACGGACGUGGAGUACGAGAACCCCACCAUCCAGAUCGAGCUGCAGCAGAACGCCUCCCAGAAGGCUCACGGCGAAGUGGACAUCGCCGACGUGGCCUAUUACUUCGAGAGGGACGUCAAGGGCGAGUCCGUGUUCCACAACUCGCACUUCAACCUCGAGGUCGGAGGGGAGCCCCUGCGGGUGGAGGACACGAUGAUCUACUACGUGGACGAGAAGCCCCCCGAGUUCUCCAUGAAGAGGAUGACGGCCGGCCUGAUCGCCGUCAUCGUGGUGGUGGCCCUGGCCAUCGUGGCCGGCAUCGUGGUCCUGGUCAUUAGCAACAAGAGGAAGUCGGGGAAGUAUGAGAAAGUGGAAAUCAAGGAGAUGGGCGAGAUGAACAAGCGGCCCAACUUGUAAGAAGAGACUUGCUUGCGAGGAUGUUGGGGGGAAGAGGGGGAGGGGACGAGAGGUGGAAGCCUUCAGUGAAAGAGCUUCCCUCUGAGGCAGAAGCUGGGGGCGGCGAUACUCGGCUUUCCAGCUCCCCGGAUGGCCGGAGACUUUCCCUGCCACCCCCCUCUCCCCCCGAAAAAAAAAAAAAGAACUUUAGAGCUGGAAGGGAAAGUAGUCCAACCCCCUUUUUUACAUAUGGAGAAACUGAGGACCAGGAAAACAUGACAAGGUCCGUCCAGCUCAUACACUUCUACUGUAUAAUUCCUUGAGCUCUGACAGUCCGUGUUGCGUGUUGAAACCUCUAACACGUUCUAAGCUUCCUUCAGCUCUGGCAGUCUAUGUUCUGAAAUUUAACACCCUCAAUUCUAAAUUAUAAUUCCUGGCACUUAAAUUCUGUUCCAAGUAGGAUUCUUUGUUCUAAGGCUCAGUUGGGACUAAAGCCUUCGCCACCUUCCUUUUUCUAGUUCUCUUAGCCCUUUCCACUUCACCAUAUUCUUUGGUCUCAGUCAGUCCUAUUUGGAUGACUUCCUCUCUCAGCUGUGUGGUCCUGGGUAACCACUUUUCUGAGACUUUGUUUCUUCGUCUAUAAAAUAGGGAUUAAAAAAAAAAAAAAAAAAAAAAGCCCCGAACCCAAACCAAAACACCUACCUCUUUAGGUUGUUGUGACUGUGGAGGGAAAUAAUGUAUAUAAAGAAAAUGCUCUAGAAAUGUCAGAUAUUAUGAUCCCUAAGGAAAUGAAUCAGUAAAGCAACCCAAUCAUUUCAGUCCUAGGACAGAAAUAUAACUCUGACUACAAAGAACUGGUAGAAACUAGAAAAGGGGGAGGGGAGACUCCUAUGGAUUGUCCAGCUGUGUGCUUCUAUCUGCCUACCUGCUGACUUCUAUUUAUAACUUCUAGGUAGCAUCUGAAAUCGUUGGAAAGAGAUUUUCCAACUCUUAAGUGAAUUUGAAUGGGUCCCAGCAUUUAGGGUUUAAGCUAAUUUCAUUAUCUCACACUGUUAAAAAACCAACAAUGAGCAUCUUCUAAAUUUCCCACUUUGUAUAAUGGUGUUCUUAAUGGGACAAGGAUUUGGUUCUCUGUAAUGUACUCAUUUACGGCCAUUUGUAUUACAAGUUGGGUCCCCAUCCAUCCUAUUACACUGGUCUGAAAUGCAUUUUCUGUGACUUGGUCUGGGGGAGGGGGACUCUAUCUGCUCCCCCAUGUUUCUGUAUAGCUCGUUAGUGUUAUUACUUGUUAGUAUUGCUGUUAGCUCAUUAGUCUGUUUUGCAAAAUGUGUGUAUUGUCAUUGAUAAUGUCAGAAUUUUUAUAAACUGUUGGAUUUAAUAAAACGAAGAAAACUCAUUAAGCAGUGAAA